CGAUGGAUUGCUACGUACCGAACAACCCCCAAUUCGGGUUGGUCGAGUAUUGCCCGACAGACCACGGGCUUUGCUGCGAUCCUCUCCAGUGCACCUGUGUCGAGAACCCCUUGAGAGAGUUCCCCGAAGAGUGCUGUCAGCAGGAAAACGAGAACUGCUGUCCAGAAAAUGGCGAAGAUUUGAACGCUUUAAGCGAUACGAUCGCUUGCUCGGCGCUGUCUCCGGACGAGGGGUGGCCGCCCGAGGACAUGGGCUCCUUCUCCUUGCCCCCGCUGGACCUGGAGCCGCUGCCCUCGCUGUUUCCAUUCUCACCAUGCUCGGGAUACAAGAGCGGAGCGGGGGAAUGCAGGGAGCGGGGAGGCGGGGAGGCGGCGGACGUCCUCCUCUCGUUGAAACACGCCGUCGUCCAUGGCGACUGUUCCUCCGAGGCCGUACACCCUCAGAUGAUGGUGAACAACGGUGGCUACCCGUACUACGAACACUAUGGAGGGGCUCCCCUCUUCCCCACCAUGAGCGUCAACGUGUCCAUGAACAUGACUAUGCACGGAUGCCCCCCGGAGCAACUGUGUUCACAGAUGCAAUGGAAUCAGAAUGCCUCAACGCCAUCAGUGAACGUGGUCUAUCCACAAUCGCAGAACGUGAUCAGCUCCUCAACCUACCCGUCAGCCACGUAUUCCUUCACCGCGGACUUCCGAACACCAAACCAAAGUGAUCCCCUAAUAACAGCAUCAUCGACAUUUAAACCACUACUGCAAAAUCCUCAAAAACCGAAUCCUAACUAUGCCUUAUUCCAGCAGAAACCUAAUUUUUCAAACCAGAAGGGCUUAGGGCAGAGCUUAAAGAGGCCACCUUCCAAGAUUUAUGGGCAAGAGACGCAGAAGGAACAGAAUAUGGGUAAUGGGUACAUCUUGAAUCAAGGACAGAUGCAUCCGCAAGAGUAUGGGUAUGCUGCCUGUGUUAAUUCUUCUGGGAAAGUGCCGGUGGGAGCACUAAGCAACUGUUCAGAAGAUGACGAACAGAAGCCGAACCUCUGUCGUAUAUGUGGCAAGACGUACGCUCGACCCAGCACGUUGAAGACCCACCUCCGCACUCACUCCGGUGAGAGACCGUACAGGUGUGGAGACUGCAACAAGAGCUUCUCUCAGGCUGCCAACCUGACGGCCCAUGUCAGGACACAUACUGGUCAGAAACCUUUUAGGUGUCCCAUUUGUGAUCGUCGGUUCAGCCAAAGUUCCAGCGUCACGACUCACAUGAGAACGCACUCGGGAGAAAGGCCGUAUCAAUGCAGAUCUUGUAAGAAGGCGUUCUCGGAUAGUUCUACUCUAACGAAACAUUUACGCAUACAUUCGGGAGAGAAGCCGUACCAGUGCAAAUUGUGUUUAUUGAGGUUCUCCCAAUCAGGCAACCUAAACCGCCACAUGAGAGUCCACGGGAACAUGUCAGGCGGGAUGCUCGGCUGACACUUGCAGAGAUGCGGCUUAUCAGCCGUCUACUACUAAUCAGGAUUGCAGGAGACCAGAUCCUCGUCUGAACUAAUUCAAGCCAAAAAAGGACAAUUAAAAAAUGUGUUUUCGCUUAUUAACUAAAUGUGCUACGGACCAGCUUGUAAAUUAAUAUGGCGAUAUGUAUAGGAAUUUUUGUUAGAGAUAGUCCCAAAGAGCUUUUAGAAGAGUUGUAACGGUAACUCGAGUUCUCUAAAGUUAGUGCGUUGAGUAAACGAGACGCCAAUAUGCACUAACGUUAGUGAGCAAAAGGGACAGCAAUAUGCUCGUGACGUACUUCAGACCGGUCAAUUAAAAUGUCUGUCAAUAUAUCUGCUCUCGAACUGGGCUGUCAAGUUGGAGAUUGGGAAACCCUCUCUAGUAGAGGAGGCCAAAUCUAGCAGAGUGGACUGUUAAUGAUGGUGAUGCGUUAGUAUGGGUCAAAUGCCAAAAGACAUUGAUUAUUAUGACGCAGUUAAUAAAUAAGUGUAAUGCUUGUAAUAAUUUUAUUAC